GGGAUUGGGAUGGAGAAGUCUGGCUUAGGGGUCGGGCACUGAGAAAAUUAGGGCAUGGAAUUGUGAGCUAUGAUCUAGGGAGCAGGUAGGGGUUGGGCACCGAAGAAAUUUGAGAUCAGGGCCGAGAGCCUAGAAAAUUCGUUGUUGGGUGCUAAGGGAAUCAUCAGUUGGUGCUGAGGCCGUUGUGAGUUGAGGAAACUAAAGAUGGUGCCUGGUGGAAAAAAGCUUUCUGGGAAAUCUGGGAAGCCAUCAUUGGUGGAUCAGCCUAAAGCCUUUGACUUUGAGAAAGAAGAUAAAGAUCUGACUGGUUCAGAGGAGGAUGUUGCUGAUGAAAAGACUCCAGUAAUUGAAAAACAUGGAAAGAAAAGAUCUGGAGGAAUAAUUGAAGAUGUGGGAGGUGAAGUACAGAAUAUGCUGGAAAAAUUUGGAGCUGACAUCAACAAAGCUCUUCUUGCCAAAAGAAAAAGAAUAGAAAUGUAUACUAGAGCUUCUUUCAAAGCCAGUAACCAGAAAAUCGAGCAAAUUUGGAAAAUACAACAAGAGGAAAUACAGAAGCUUAACAGUGAAUAUUCUCAGCAAUUUUUGAGUGUGUUGCAGCAAUGGGAACUGGAUAUGCAGAAAUUUGAGGAACAAGGAGAAAAACUAACUAAUCUUUUUCGUCAACAACAGAAGCUCUUUCAGCAGUCUAGAAUUGUUCAGAGCCAGAGACUGAAAGCAAUCAAACAGCUACAUGAGCAGUUCAUAAAGAGUUUGGAGGAUGUGGAGAAAAAUAAUGAUAAUCUAUUUACUGGCACACAAAGUGAACUUAAAAAAGAAAUGGCUAUGUUACAAAAAAAAGUUAUGAUGGAAACUCAGCAGCAAGAGAUGGCAAAUGUUCGAAAGUCUCUUCAGUCCAUGUUAUUCUGAUGAGUCUUUGAAGAAAGAACUUGAACCUAUGUAAUGUGAUACAAUUAAAACAUUAGCUAUGACAUGCCUUUAGAAAUUAUAGUUUAAACUAUAACAUCCGUAAUCGUUAGCUUGUUUAAGUGGAAGACUUCUGUUUCUAUUAACUUCUAAAUAAACCUCAACAGCUGUGUAAGUAGCAGCUAUUUCAAUGUCCACUACAGUCACAAUAAAAAUGAUUUAAAUUUAA